AUGAAGUUUUCCACGUUCCCACCAGAGCCUGUAAUCCCAUGUAAGAAACCUUUUAAAGUUGAUGUUGUGGGUGGAAAACGGUAUUCCUGGUGCACAUGUGGAUACAGCAAAAAGCAGCCUUUCUGUGACGGAUCCCAUAAACUAAAAGCUCAAACUUUCAAACCUAUUCGCUUUUUACCUGACAAAGAUGCGACGAUGUAUUUAUGUGGCUGUAAAUUCACCAAUAACCCACCGUACUGCGAUGGUACACACAAGCAGGACUUCAUCAUUUCUGCUCCUCUCUAUGAAGAAAACGACUCGUGA